CCGGUCUGAAGCUUUAAAGUUCGCUUGCCCCUCCUUCUACAACCUUCUGCCUCUCCCAACAGACCCACAACAACAACCUAUAUUUUGGUCUUAUCAUCCCACUACCCUCCUCUCUCUUAAUCUCCAAAUUUCUUCUCUUCUUCCUCCAUCUCCUAAAGAAUCAGGAUCCCAGUCCUGCUUCUCAGUGUUUUUUUGCUUGCAGUUGUACAAGUGCAGAUCUUCACUCCCACAUUCCACAAGUCCGCCCUCUUGAUUUUCGUCUUGUUCUCCAAACGGAACUCCCGACCACCGAAUUUAAUUGAACGUGUGGAUUGAAAAGAAAAUCUGUUGGCCACUUAAUUUGUGAAUUCUUGAAACAAUACCAAAAACCUGCCACAGAUUUUCGUCUUUUCAAUUCCGAGCCGUAAGAGUCAAGCCAGGCCAAAAAGCAAUGUAUCUAACCAAUCAGAGACAAAUUCGAGACCCAGAGAAGUUUCCUACAGUCCAAUUGUUCCUACUUGGUAAGUCUUCCAUUCCACGGCACAUACUUUCGAGUCUCGGAAUAACCCAACUAACUGCUUUCCCAGCCAUCGUUCGUCUUGCCGAACCAAUUGCCCUCACUUCCAUCUUUCCAUAUGCCUGGCCUCUGGUUAAGAAAUUCAACGUCGGCGAUGAGACUGAUGCCUCAUUCUAUGCGGGACUUCUUAUUUCUGCAUUUGCCCUAUCCGAGUCCCUGACUGGGAUGUUCUGGGGAGGAUUAUCCGACCGCAUAGGACGAAAACCAGUAUUGCUAGCUGGGUGCUUUGGCACCAUGAUUAGUAUGGUACUGGUAGGAUUUGCUUCCAACAUAUGGGUUGCAUUAGCAGGAAGGGCAUUGGGGGGUAUUUUGGUAAGCUUCUCAAAGCAGCUUUGUCAUUUUUGACCGGCUGCUAACCAACGCAGAACGGAAAUAUAGGCGUGAUCCAAACUAUGGUGGGUGAACUUGUCACCAAGCCAGAACACGAACCUCGAGCAUAUAGCAUUAUGCCAUUUGUUUGGUCAAUCGGAACAAUAAUUGGUCCCGCGAUUGGUGGUUUUUUUGCCGACCCCUCAAAUUCAUUCCCCGAAAGUUUCUCUCCGGAUGGAAUCUUCGGAAGAUUUCCAUACCUGUUGCCAAAUCUCAUCUGCUCCGGGAUGCUUUUAGUAAGCAUAAUUCUGGGCUACUUUCUUCUCCAAGAAACACACCCAGAUAUGCAACCACGAGUUUUGUUGCAGGAUUCAACCUACACCUCUGAUGAAACCCCCCUCAUUGCAACCGCAGACGCAAUCAAGACACCGGCAGUCGAUCUGCGAGCGGAUCGAUAUGGGACAUUUGAAGGCAGCGACGAUAGCAUUUGGCGAAAUUCCCAAUUGAAAGAGAAGCCAGUAAAGAUAUUCUCAAAACAGAUAAUAACCUUGAUUGUUGCCUUGGGAAUAUUUACCUACCACACCAUGUCCUACGACCACCUUCUUCCCAUCUUCCUCGAGGACAAAAGAGGAGAAACCCUUUCCUCUCUAUCGUCUUUCUCAGCAUCUGCGAUGGAUAUCGACCCAAUUUUAUCCGGGGGAUUGGGACUCAGCGUCCAAGAAGUCGGUGUGAUCAUGAGCAUCAACGGCAUCAUAGCUCUCUUCGUGCAAGCUGUCAUCUUCCCUCUUGCGGCCGAGAAGCUAGGAAUCUACCACCUUUUCAUCGCCGUCACGAUUCUUCACCCAAUCGCGUAUCUCAUUAUGCCAUGUCUAAGCUAUCUACCAUCCUCCAUGGUCAUGGUUGGAAUCUACUUCUGCCUCACGAUUCGAAACUUGCUAUCUAUCCUCGCUUACCCCGUCCUCCUCAUCAUGAUUAAAGAAGCUACACCCACCCCCACAGUUUUAGGGAAGAUAAACGGCCUAGCAGCUUCAGCAGGUGCGGCUUGUAGAACCGUGGCUCCACCCAUCUCUGGAUACCUAUACACGCUCGGCUCAAGAUUUGAAUGCAAUGGUUUGGCGUGGUAUGGAAGUGCGUUUGUGGCGCUUAUUGGUGCUAUACAAUGUUUCUCCAUCAAGCGGACGAAGAAAGCGGAAGAAUUUGCGGAGAUCUUUGAUCCGAAGAAGGUCUUGGUCACCGUUACCGAGACUAGUUCUUUGCUUUCGGUGUAAGGAGAGAAAUCUCUUGAUGUUUUUGGUUUCUGACAUUUUCAAGGGCGCUGAUGGUGAUGGGCAUUCAAAAAUGGCGUUUGUGAAAGCGAUUUAGCGAGCGUGUUGUCUUUUCUUUGCGUUUGGUUUCUGUUACAAUAUUCACGUGAUAUCCAGGGCUAUAUAUACGCCUGGAUUCCACGUAGCAGACACAAUCAAUCAUCUACUACUGCUACUUUUGUACCUUUAUUAUACUCGUUGUCGUACUUUUGUUACUGUU